UGGAAGAGCUUGCAUAUGAGGAAUCCGGCAGCACAAUGGUGUGAUUUGGUUUUGGAAUGUGCCGCGAGGAAUUCUACAGUCAAUGUAACUAUAAAAUUUCUGGAAGAUGUUAUACGCCAAGCACUCUACACAAGGCCCCGGCAUGAAAGAUCUAUAUAAACCCCUGAAGGUUGCAAAAGCUUUACACCAAGAACAGAUACCGACAUCUUUACGAGGCUGCUUUUUAUUAUCUUCAAUAUGUUGCAAGAAGCACUGUCUCCCGUGGCCAAGUUGCAGACAAUUGACUUUGUCAAACUGGCCUAUAGGGAUGCGGAGGAAGUCUCUCGAAUGGUGCAGAUUGCGACCGACGAUGGAUUCUUCUACUUGGAUCUGAGAGGAUGGAAAGAUGGUCAGCUUAUCAGCUCCUUGAAUGCGUGCAACGGUAUCGUUGAGGAAUGGUUCAAGAAGCCCAACGAAGAGAAAGCAAAGACGGUGACUCUCUCUGAUGCCCAUGGGUACAAGCCCAUCGGACAGCAAUCUGGAGUCAAAGAAGGCCAGAGGGAUGGCUAUGAGUCACUCCGUCUCUCACGCGAUGCCCAGCUCUCGCGCGAUCCGCUUCCAGAAGUGGUCAGACAAAGUCUCCUGACAUUCGAUGACUUGCACUUCGGCGCACAUCUUGUGACGAAGACAAUUCUCUCCGCAUUGGCAGAUGCGACACCGAAUGAUGGGAAGAUCCAAAGUUUCCUCAACACCCAUCUCGAUGACAAGCAGUCGCGAUCGGCUCUGUAUUUCUUGCACCACCCACCGAAACCUCCAGGAUCUCAGGGCCUGGGUCAGAACAUUCAUACAGACGCAGGCACAUUGACUUUGCUGUUCACACAACAGCCGGGGCUGCAGGUGCUGUCGCCGACAACGGGCGAGUGGGAAUGGGUACAUACACGCGAAGGCCACGGCGUUGUCAAUGUUGGGGACACUUUACGGUUCCUGUCAGGCGAGCGAUUCCGAUCAGCAUUGCACCGUGUUUUACCGCUCACUGAUGAGGAUGGUGCCCAACCUUAUGAUCGGUACUCGACAGCGUACUUUUUACGAGCUGCAGACGACGCUAUAUUCGUUGGAAAUGACGGGAAGAACACGACGGCGGAUGAAUGGUUCCUACGCAAAUUUCACAGUUUCACGCAGGAUCGGUCAGUACAGCGGUUGGACUCGGUCGCCUUUGGUGGUAUGGAGAAGACUUUAGGAGUGAAGGUCUGAGCAUUUGAAAAGACAGAGCAGGGCCAGCGGAAUAUCGCAUGGUUGGAUGACUUUUAUACACCAGAGAGGCAUUUACUCGUAGCAUUUAGUGUCUAGAUCUCCCCAGUAUAUGCUCUUAACGAGGCUAGAAUUUCACUAUUAUAGCUUCACCGGCGA